AUGUACAUUCCUAAGAAAUAUCAAGAAGAAGAGUGGGAGCAAGUGGAAUACCUCAUUAAGAGAUACCCACUUGCAACCAUUGUGACGACAACUGAUGACAACGAGAUUGUAGCAAACCACAUACCUCUAUUUCUCAAAAUAGAGUCUACUGGGGAAAGAAAGUUGAUAGCGCACAUUGCCAAAGCCAACCACCAAAUACCCUCCUUAAACUCAAACGACAAGGUAUUGGUGAUUUUUCAAUCACCUAACUCAUACAUCACUCCAAACUAUUACCUUAGCAAGGAGGAGACUCACAAAGUGGUUCCAACAUGGGAUUUUGCUAGCGCACAUAUUCACGGAUCAUCAAAGAUCAUAGAUGAUUUUGAUUUUGUUAGAGAUCAGCUUAAUCAUUUGACUAAUCAAGAGGAAGGGAAGAAGGACAAAGAUUCAACAAAGUGGCAGGUGAAUGAGGCACCAGAGAAUUAUUUAAAGAUUAUGCAAAAAGCAAUCACUGGACUUGAGAUACAGAUCAAUUCGUUUGAAUGCAAGUACAAGUUUGAACAAGGGGCAAAGAAGCCGGAUAUUUCUGGUGUUAUAAAGGGGUUGUCCGAUGAUGGUAAAGAGGAAAUGUCGAAAUUGACUAUUGAUGCAAAUGCAAGAUCAGAUGAGCGCAAAUCGGGCAAGACCUAA